UGCUGUUUCCCUUCCUCCCUCUUCCUCCUCCAGAGCAGAAAUGCAGCGGAGCUUGAUCCGACUUGUCCUGCCUGCGUUUUCAGUGCGUCUUUUUGGUGCCUUUCUGAUAUGGCCAUUUCUAUAUCGCUCCAGUGUCUGGGACUCAUCAUACUCGCAGCGAUCCUCCUCCAGACCAUCACGGUUGCUGUCAGCUUUAUGUACUUCAACAAAGUCCUGAACACGAUGCGGGAGAGCUUCUCUAGGAGCAGUGUGUCCUGCCUGAUAAAUACGAAUCUGCACUCAGGGUUGGAAGAGUCAGCAGCUCAGGAAAAGAAGAGCGACCCCUGCUGGCAAGUCACGCAACAGCUCCACUACCGCAUAGAGAAGACGAUGGCUGACAGAUUCCAGAGAGAGAUAUCCACUGCUAUGAGAAAUAAGCUGACGGGGGUGCUGCCUUUCCUGAGCCCUGGAGUCCGAGGGGCCCCUCUUCCUAAAGUUGCAGCCCAUGUGACAGGUGUCAUCUCGUCCACUGAGUCUCCUACAGCAGAGGGCUCGCGGAGCAGCAGGGGGUACCUGGGGCAGCGAAUCAGAGCAUGGGAGGGCCAGACAGGUCUAUCCUUCCUGCAGAGCAUGGAGCUGAGGGGAGGAGAGUUGCUGGUGCCCAGAGCGGGCCUCUACUAUAUCUACGCCCAGACCUACUUCAGACUCCCUUCCACUGGGGAAACAGAAGGGGAGGUAAAGGGAGAGGAAACAAAGGAGGAGGAGGGAGUGCAGCUUGUCCAGUACAUCUACAAGAAGAUGAGCUCCUACAUGGCGCCCAUCCUGCUGAUGAAAUCGUCCCGGGGUGUCUGCUGGCCUCGCGGUCAAGAACCCGGUCUUUUCUCCUUGCACCAAGCUGGUACUGCCUUUCUACAGCCUGCUGAUCGCAUCUUCAUCACUGUUAGCAAUGCCAGCACCUUGGAGAUGGACAGGAGGGCAAGCUACUUUGGGGCCUUCCUGGUGGGCUAGAGAGAGAGUCAGACUAGGAUGACUUGAUGUAGACAUUGACAGAAGUUGCUUGACAAUAUGAGCAGCUGUGUGAGGAUACAGGAUUGGAGAAGGAUGAACUGGGAGGAGCACAAAGGACUUCUUCAGGGGCCAUGGAGCUUUAGGGAUAUGACCAAACCAAGCUGCAGUGACAGACUCUCAGUCACCUAAGAGUGGCAAGGAAGAAGAGCUGUGUGAUGUGUGUAUUUACCCCAGCAGCGAUCACUUCACACAGUAUUUCUGUUUUCAAGGCUGGUAAACAGAAAGUACUGAAUGACAGAGAAGACAUGGAUUAUGUGGUGCAUUCAGAGCACAAGACAUCUGGAGCAGUACAAAAGAUGCAGAUUAAAUGUUGUGCUCUCAUGUGUGAACGCCCUCAAGACCCGAGUGAGUUGUUCUGCCUGCGGGUCAAACAGUCAACAGACAAGUUGUCAUCCUCUGGAAUUGACAGCGGUAUUGGACACAUGACACUUAACAGGUUUUUUUUUUAUUAUUAAAAAUAAGUA